AUGUAAAAUCACACCUCUUUACUCUUUUACUCAUCCGACAUUUCUAUCUCACCAUCUCUCACAAAACCAAAAACAAAUCACUUUUCGCUGCUAGUAAAAUCACACGAAGAAGAUUAAUGGCAAAUGAGAAGCAAAAGCAGCUCUUUUUUCCUUCCUCCUCCUCAUGCUGCAUAUCCCACAUAUUCCACCAAAUUGCUUCGACUAAACCCAAGAAAAUAGCCGUUAUUCACGCCACAAAACCCCCCAAAAAUCUUAUAGUUGAUGAAACUAACACAAGUAAUGCUAACUCUCUACUAUAUGAUGGAGACAAGUUCUUCACUUUCUCCCAGCUAUUAUCAGCCGUUGAUUCCCUCACUUUCAGGCUUCAUCAUAUCCUCAACGGUGGUGAUGAUCCCUCCUUAAUCAGACCCACCUCAGGUAAUAUCAAUUUUAAUGUCACAACAAAGUUAUUGGGAGUUUUCAUGGUACCUUCAGUAGAAUAUGUUGUUACAGUUCUUUCUAUUUUUAGAUGUGGUGGAGCCUUUCUCCCUCUUGAUCCUUCUUGGCCUAAAGAAAGAAUUUUGUCAAUAAUUUCAUCUUCAAAUGUUGAUUUGAUUAUUGGGUGUUUGAAUUCUGGCAAAGAAAGAAGUACCCAUUUACUUGAUGAAUCACAUUGGCUUGUAAAUUGCUGCAAGUUUCAUGUUUUAUGCAUAUCUAUUGAUGGGAUUCUUGAACAAAGUUGUGGGAAAUUGGAUUUAGUUUGGCCUUGUGAAAGUAGAAGUUUAAGGAAGUUUAGUUAUUUGAUGUAUACUUCUGGUUCUACUGGUAAACCUAAAGGUGUUUGUGGGACAGAAGAAGGGAUUUUGAAUAGGUUUUUGUGGAUGCAAGAAUUUUAUCCAUUGAAAGGGGAUGAUGUUAUGUUAUUCAAGACAUCUAUAAGUUUUGUUGAUCAUCUUCAAGAAUUUUUAGCUCCUAUGCUUGUAGGAUGUACUUUGGUGGUUCCCCCAUUUAAUGAGUUGAAGGGGAAUUUGUUUGGUCUUGUUGAUUACAUGUAUGAUUACUCGAUCACUAGAAUGACCGCUGUUCCUUCGUUAAUGAGGGCACUUCUCCCCGCCUUGGAAGGGAGGUAUUUUGAGAGUGUGGAAUGUUCUUUGAAACUGUUAGUGUUGAGUGGUGAAGUUUUCCCUGUAUCUUUGUGGAAGUUGCUUUCUAGGGUAUUUCCUAAGACUACUAUCUUGAAUAUCUAUGGAAGUACUGAGGUUUCUGGUGAUUGUACUUAUUUUGACUGCAAAGAGUUGUCAGCAUUGCUAGAAAGUGAGGUAGUGAGUAGUGUUCCCAUUGGUAAGCCCAUCACUAAUUGCAACGUUAAGCUUAUUGAGAAAGAUGGGAAUCAUGAUGAAGGAGAAAUAUGUGUUACAGGCGUAUGUCUUUCGAGUGGCUAUUAUUCUGAAGGUAAUAUUAUGCCCUUGGACUAUGUGGAGUUGAGAGAAGAUUCUGUUUCUAUUCAUGAGCGUGUGAGUAGUAAACUCUACUACAGAAUGGGUGAUUUUGCUAGAAGGCUUUCAAAUGGUGACUUGAUUUUUUGUGGAAGAGAAGAUCGCACCAUAAAGGUUAAUGGCCAACGUAUUGCACUGGAGGAGGUAGAGGAUUCAUUAAGAGGACACCCAGAUCUAGCGGAUGCUUCUGUAGUUUUCUGUAAUGAGCAAGAAGGGCAUGCCUUUCUUGGAGCGAUUCUAGUAUUGAAAGAUAACGGCAAUUCAUCUCAAGUUUUGAGAUCUAUUAGAAGUUGGAUGGUUGAUAGACUUCCUCCAGCGAUGAUUCCCAAGGAAAUUAUUUGUACUGAGGAAAUUCCUAUGUCUUCUACCGGGAAGGUUAAUUAUACAUUACUACCUAGUUUUUUUGCUCCAACUGAUGAUCCAAACAAGGGACAUGUUACAUGUAGCAAGACCUUAGAGCAUAUUAAAGAAGCCUUUUGUAAUUCAUUGGGUGUUGCAGAAGUUGGCAGUCAUGAUGACUUCUUUGCAAUGGGUGGUGAUUCAAUCAUUGCAGCUCAUGUUGCUCAUAAGUUAGGAAUUGAUAUGAGAUUGUUGUAUAUGUUCCCAAGUCCAUCCCAACUUCAGAAAGCUAUCGAAGAGAAAGAAGGCCUUUUUAGAGGUGAUGACCAAAAGAAGUGGGAAAUGAUGCCCAAAGCUCAAAAAGUGAACCCACUUCAUUCCUCUGGUUCUAGAUUAGUUAAGUCAAGGAAACAUGAAGAAACUAUGUGGACUGACACUGAUGAGCGUGAUGACUCUAAGCACCUUAGAGUAGAUGCUGAGUUGUAUUCUAAUCUCAAGGGUGUAAGUGUAACUUCACUAAGUUUCUUCCCGUGGGAAGCCCAUGCAAUAGCAGACAAUUGUGCAAUCACCCGUUGCAACAAAGUUGUGCAUAAGGGUAACUCUGCAUUCAAUCCUGAAGCCCAGGAAUUUGAACUUCCUAGACAUAUCAAAGGUUCUUUACGAGAAAUAUGGAAAGUUCCCUUAGACUCUUGUGUUGAUGCAUCUCCAUUGAUUACUUUUAAGGAUAACCAAAUGUUGAUAUUCAUAGGGUCACACUCCCACAAGUUUCUUUGUGUUAAUGCUAGAAAUGGUUCCAUUAGAUGGGAGAUAAAAUUAGAAAGUCGAAUCGAAUGCUCAGCUAUGAUUGAUGGAGACUUCUCUCAGGUUGUAGUAGGAUGCUACCAAGGAAAGAUAUACUUCAUUGAUAUGAUGAAGGGCAACAUAAACUGGACUUUUCAAACAGGCGGUGAAGUGAAGUCACAACCUACCAUAGACAGGUGCAGGAAGCUCAUAUGGUGUGGAUCACAUGAUCAUAAUCUAUAUGGUCUUGACUAUAGUAAUUACUGUUGCGUCCAUCAGCUUCCUUGCGGAGGAAGUGUAUUUGGUUCCCCAGCAAUCGACGACUCUCAUAGUAUGCUUUACGUGGGGACAACCAAUGGACGUUUGACAGCUGUAACAUUAAAGUCUACAGCGCUCUCUAUUGUGUGGCAGCUUGAACUUGAAGCUCCAAUAUUUGGAUCUCUUUCGGUCAGUUCUGAUGGGAAUGUCUUAUGCUGCUUAGUUAGCGGGGAUGUUCUUUCUGUAAACCCAAAAGGAUCUGUUGUUUGGAGGGUCAAGACUGAUGGUCCGAUAUUUGCUGGACCGUGCAUAACUAAGGCGCUUGGUUCUCAGGCUCUGGUGUGCUCUAGAAACGGAAAUGUUUACUCAUUUGAGUUGGAACAGGGAAGAAUUCUGUGGAAGUAUGAUGCAGGAGAUCCAAUUACAUCAUCAGCAUAUGUUGAUGAGAACAUAAAGUUGAUAUCUGAUCGUUCUCCCUUAAAUAGAUUGGUUUGCAUUUGCUCCAGCUCAGGAAGAAUUGUUUUACUUCAAGUAAGUUGUGUUCCUACUGAAGAUAAUAUACCAGUGGAUGUGGUUCAGAAAUUUGCACAACUUGAUCUUCAAGGAGACAUAUUCUCUUCGCCAGUGAUGGUUGGGGGGCGAAUUUUUGUAGGUUGUAGGGAUGAUUAUUUGCACUGUAUUGUUGUUGAAGCAUAUAUAGAGGAAUGACUAAUGAAUUGUAUUAUUGUAUUAUCAAUGCAAAUAUAAGAAUCAAACUAGUUAGUGAA